AAAGAAUUGCUCACUCAUGCUCAUCAACAAAAUGCCUUUCACCUCCUCCAUGUCCUCGUAUAGAGCACGAGCAGGACCCAUGCCGGCCGGUGGCAGAUCUACUGCUACUUCUGCAGUGGUGUCAACAUGCCGAUCUCCUGUUCUCCGCCUCCUACUUUGCAGUGGUGUCAUUUUAGUGCUGUCACAUUUCCAUGGAGCAGCGACCGUUGCAGCAGCUGCUGCGGACAAUAAAAGCUCAAUCCCAGCAGACCCGGACACGCAGCUGGAGCUGCAGAUGACCGGGGAAAACAGCGACACUGCGAGCACUAGCCAGAUACACGGCAUCAACCUGCAAGAAUCCCGACAUCAAGAACGACUACAGCGAGAGGAAAAGCAAGAGCGUACUAUUUCCGACGGCCAAGACGUGAACAAGGAAAAAAGAAAAACGAAGACCUACCUCGACUUGUUUCCACCCAUUCCCGAC